AUGGCCUCCGCCUCUACGGCGGCGUUGCUGGAGUCCUUCCAGGCUUUUGCAGGUGGUACUGAGAUGGAUGGCCGGACCUGGGUGAAGUGCCUCAAGGAUUCCAUGCUCCUCGACGAGGACUUCACCACGGUGGACGCGGAUCUCAUCUUCGCGCGUGUGAAGAGCAGGGGGACCCGCAAGAUCGACUACCCCACCUUCCGGCGGGCGCUGAGCGAGGUGGCCAAGAAGUGGCAGAUGUCUCAGGAACAGGUGGAAGACAUCAUCUGCCUGGCGGCGGGACCCCACUACGAGAACCAGAUCCAGGCGCCCGAGCCCGGCAUCGAUGACCCGGCGGGUCCGCAGCGCUUCUACUACGAUAUGACGCUGUACACAGGCACACACAAGUACGGCGGCCCGAGCCUUGUGGGGAACGGCAUCGUGGAGGGUGCCCCGGUGAACUUCCAGGAACAUGUGAAUCGGGACCGGGACAACGAGGUCGCUGCCUCCGCAGACCGCCGCCGCCGCGCGGUGCUGGGAGCCGAGGCUGGCGAGGAGAUGCCCCGGCUGCUCGGCAAACCUCGCUCGCCACUGGCCCAGCGCCGGGAGAUACCGAAGGGCCGCCGCCCAGUAGCGCAGCUGAAGGGGCCGGAGCGCUUCUUCUACGAUAAGGCCAGCUACACAGGCACCCACAAGCAUGGCGGCCCGUCGGUUCACGGCAACGGCCUCCCGAAGCAGGGCUACGAGGACCUCAGUGAGCUGGUCCGUCGGGAUCACGUCCAGGACGACGAACUCCACCGGCAACAGCGUCUGCAUGGCGGAUACAUGCAGGACGAGUACGGCAACGCCAUCCCUGUGGCGGGAGAUGCCUGCGUCAACCAGGGCUCCAGGGCCGCAGCGCACUCCGCCUCCGCGGAGCUGCCCACGCUGCUCGGCUCCCCGCGGCGGCGGGGCGCCGCCUCGCCGACGCAGCUCCAGCAGGUGGAGGUCUCCGUCAAGCAGGCGCCGCAGUACGAGGCCUGGCCGAUGCCCUCGGCGCAGCCGGUGGCUCACAAGGUCUACCGCACAGAGAGCACGGGCUGGAGCGCCUCGGUGCCAGGUGUUCCGGGCACGGUGAUCUCCCCGCAGGUGACCCCACAGGUGCAGUACCGCGCAACCGCGCAGCAGCCUGUUGCCAGGACGGUGCAGACUUUCCCGACGGCGAGCCCCGCCUGGUACUCCGCAGGCUACAUGCAGGUGCCCAACGUGCAUAUGCCGAUGCCGAUGACCACGGCGAUGAGGUGA